UCCCGUUUGCCGUCUGUUCAGGUUUCCGUCGCGCCUCCUCUUUCCCAGUUCGUCCCCAUCGCGGCUGGGCGUCGUUCGGCAGCUUGCAGCUCUGCUCGCCUCCCCGAGGGCAGCUGCGAUGCGCCUGAUCCAGAACAUGGGGACCAUCGCCGAGUACCCCCAGGCAGGGAGCAACCCCAGCGGAGAUAGCUUUGGCUCGGGUCGCCCCCGACUCAUCAAGAUCGCCGUGGUGGGAGCCAGCGGGGUGGGCAAGACCGCCCUGGUGGUGAGAUUUCUCACAAAACGGUUCAUUGGAGACUACGAACGCAAUGCAGGUAAUUUGUACAGCAGACAGAUCGAAAUCGAUGGAGAGUUGUUUGCAAUUCAAGUCCAAGAUACACCUGGAGUACAGGUCCAUGGACACAGCCUUGACUGUAACGAGCAGCUGAACAAAUGUAUUCGCUGGGCAGAUGCAAUUGUGAUAGUCUUUUCGAUCACAGACUAUAAGAGUUACGAACUACUCGGUCGCUUCCACCAGCACAUACGGCAGCUGCACCCAGGAAACAGAGUGCCUGUGGUGGUUGUAGCAAACAAAGCAGACCUCCUCCACGUUAAAGAGGUAGAACCACAACAUGGACUUCAGUUGGCCGGCGUGUUGGGUUGCACUUUCUAUGAGGUGUCUGUCAGUGAGAACUACAAGGAGGUCUUCAAUGCCUUCCACAACCUCUGUAAAGAUGUCUGUAAGCAACAAACCACCACCAGCACGCCGGAGAAGAGGAGAAGCUCUCUCAUUCCAAGACCAAAGUCACCCAACAUGCAGGAUCUAAAGAGAAGGUUUAAGCAAGCCUUAUCUGCCAAAGUGAGGACUGUCACAUCUGUCUGAAUGAUCAAACUAAAUGGGAUGGGGUUUCCUUCCCCUUUCCCAGUGCAUAUUUCUAUAGUUCCAGCUUUGGAACGUUAAUUGCUGGCACUUCAGCAUCCGAAAAUUGUGUGAGAGAAGGAGUUCAGAUGCACACAAAGCAUUUUGUAAUGAAGGAGUAACACUGAAGCUUGAAUAAGCCCCCAAAGAAGUGGUGGAGCAUAGAAUUUCUUGUUGCAAAUGCAUUUGAUUGACUAAAUGGACAAUAUUUUCAUGUUCUGCUGUGGAAGUUGGGUCAUGUUGGUAUUUGUAUCAUACUUACACAAUGAAGGACAGGGAAGAAAUAUUCUGAAUGCAGUCUUAUUGAUGGGGAACAAAUUGUGUGUUACAUCCAUUAGCUAUAUUUUGGUACUGGGUGGAAGGCUGGCUUCUUUAGUUGUCUUCAAUGGAGCCAUCUGCUUUUUAAAAACCCAUGGUUUAGAAGCACAAGUAUGUCAUUGAAUCAGUAAAAGAAAUGUCAGUAUAAAAUGUGUGUGGGGGGGCAUUAUUAACUGUAUUUCUGAUGGUGUGAUGAGACAUUUUGGUAUCACAACUGUUGUUUAGCGUCAUUUUAUAGAUAGCUAAAAGUUUACUCUCACAGUCUCUAAGACACUAUCAUCUUGAUGAUUCUUCAGAGACUGGUCAUCUGAUGCAAUCCUGCAGCUUUCCAGAUAAGACCUUUUUCCUGUAUUCCACUCAUCAUGAGGAUUGUAAAGUUCCCACUUAAUUGCUCUGAACAGGAAUACAACUUCCUAUUGUUUCAAUCCAAUCCAAUUAUUUGUCUUAGUCUAUGAAACUGUUCCAUUUUAGCUGAGAUUUAUCUCCAGCUAAGGCAUGAGGGCUAUUCCAUUCUUGCGUAAGUGCUGUUUGUAGUAACAUUUGAAAACACUGAAUUAUCAGACGUGUUAUCCAGGAUUUGAGGACUGAGCCCGACACCAAUGCACUUUAAAAACAAACAAACACCAUGCUUGUUCCUUAAGCUGUAACUUAUUUAUUUUUAUGUUGACAGCAACUCUUUAAAUGGGACAUUUUCAUUUUGUUCCCGUGAUUAAACCAAACCUUGUUUUCUCA